UUUAACUAGUGGGUAUGCCUAGAUUCUACCUCCCGGCCGCCAUCGCUCCGUCCGUUCAUACGCUUUCUAGUGCUCGACCACUCAAGUCACUUCUUAGAAAUUUAACUAAGUUUCUUGUUCGUGGAGUCUCGCAAAAUGCCGAAACGUAAACGUGUUAAGAAAUACGAAGAUGACAUUGAUCAUCUACUGCAUAAAGUUCGAAAAUUAAAACGUAAAAUACGGAAUAGUGAAAGUGCUUCUUCACACAGUGGUUCCAAUGAGGAAUUUAUACCACAAGAAACAGGUAAGUCUUUUUCAUCACCGGUUUUACGACCAGACGAUUGGUUUCCGGAAUACCCGGAUUAUGAACUGAACUACGAUCCAUACAGUCAGAGUGACCAAUAUAAUGGCGCUGAGUAUCUGGAAGACCCUAUUGAGGCCGAUAAUUGUCCUAUCGAGGAACCUCAGAAUUCUGUUGAAAAUGUGAUAAAGCCUACUGAGGCUCAGCAAAGCGCUACACAGACUAACACACAGGCCGUGACAGAUACAAGCGGCAAUGCCGUACCCGGCACGAGCUCCAACGCCAUAGCCGGCACCAGCUCCAGCGCCAUGCCCGGCGCAAGCGCCACUGCCAUACCAGGCACAAGCACGUCCACUGUUGAGCAUGCUGACGAUAAUAAAGUCGCUGACACAAUCGAUUUGGACGAUGAAGUAUUGCAAAUUCUGGGAGAUGACCCCUCGUCGGCCACAAUAUAUGGCAAAGAGGUACGUGCAGAAAUAGCUACCCGUUUUACACAUGUAGCCAUAGAGGGUAUAACUAAAGAAAUCCGUAAAGACCUCCUUAGUAAAUAUCUAAUCCCUGCUAAUUGCGUGAAAAUAGGCGCGCCAAAGUUAAACCCUGAGAUCAAAGCUGCCAUCUCAGAAAACUUUGCUAAACGAGACAAGGGCAUCGAGUCCAAGCAAAAGGAAAUGGCUAGCGCGAUAUCAUGUCUUGGCGAAAUAAUUACAUCGCAAUUAAAUUCGAAAGAGAAAAAUAACGACCUGUUACAAAAACUUAUAGACCUCGGUCGUAUUUUGUGCGACUUACAAUACGCAGACAGCGUGACCAGACGCAAUUUUAUACUUUUCUCAUUGAAAAAAGAUCUCAAAGACCAUCUGGCGAAUACCAAGAUAGACACUUGCCUAUUUGGCGAAAACUUGACGGAAACGCUUAAAUCAGCGAAAGCCAUGAUUAAAUCCGGCGGAGAGAUAAAAGCUCCUGUUCCUAAGCAGCCCGUAGCGCAAUACAGGCGGAUGAAAUCCAGUGUAUCGCGGCCUUUAAACCGCCGAGGCCCAGCGCCGCGCAGGCCGCCGCCGGGCCCGCCACCGCCGGCUCCGACUCCGAGGGGUCGCGCGCCUGCUCCCCGCGCGCCGCCUCCCCCGGCGCCGCCCGCGCGCUACUACAGACCGUCGUACACGCACCAGCCCCCGCCGCCGCCGCGCCACUACGGCCACUACUACUAG